AUGCUAGGACUCCUUCCACCCCUUUUUUGUUCAGAACAGCAUAAGAUCGUCAAUAACGCAAAAAGCAAUUUGAUGGCUGCCACAUGCAUUUGCCAACCCAAUCUUCUUGAGAUCAAUGUGUCUGAUGGGCCAUUAAAUAUGAUUAGAAAGAGAAGAAAAAUACAGCAGCCACUGUCGGGAUCGUUCCUUCGAGAAAACAAACGUCAACCGCAGUUUUCUUUGCGAAAGAUAAAUCACUGUUAUAUACUGUCGUUCUAUAGAGAGAUCACAUGCCAACUCAUCACAGAAAUUCUACAAAAGAGAAUAUCCAGGCUAUGGGGAAAACUAUACAUACCGUCUUAUGAACUGAUAUCGGAUAAUCGAGGCAAUCAAAUUUAUGUGGAACAAGGAGUCGAAGAAGAUAAGCUUGUCUCUGAAAUAAUGAAAAGAGUAAAUCCCAGUCUUAUUGAUUUAGAAGCGACACAGACACUAUUCGAUGAUUAUCAUCUAGAGUUAUCACACUUGGGUAAUAGCAUCAGCGUAUCAAGUUCACGUGAUUGUUUUCACAAGGAAUUUUCCUUCAAUAGUAUUACCGAUGGCAAGUUCAAAAUCCGUGGAACCAGCGUAUCGGCGGAUGGCUUCGGAAAGAUUUAUGGCGUUAUGUGGGUUGAAAUCCCUUUCCUCAAUGAAAAUAGCUUACACAACGACUGCUCGAUGAGCAAGUUUUCAGCUUUUCACGGCCAGAUGGAAAAUCCCGAUGAUAUAGAACAAGAAAUAAGAGCUUUCAAUAUUAGCCGAAAUAAGCAAGAGAGAAUUAUUAAAAGGGAAGUGUCCAGAAGAUUUAAAGAGCAAGAAGAACUAUAUGGUCAUCAGGAAGUCAUUCAAGGCCAAACACUGAAAGACAGGCUAGAAAAUUAG